AAACUUAGUAUUAUUUUGUUACUAUGAUUCAUGUCUUGAUAUUAGAAUAAUAGAAAUAAUUUAUUGGACCAAUUAGUCCCACUCUGCAAACAGUAUAUAGGUGUCAUGCUCAUGGCACAUCGCCCUCUCAUCUCCUCUGCAGCCUUGCAAGCUCUGCUCCGAUCCCCAUGGACUUCUCCUUGCCCUCCUCCUCUGGUGAAGUCGUAAUGGCCGCCCUCAUGGGCCUCCCCUCCGCCUCCUUUUCGGAUGUCGCGCGCUCCUUGUCCUACGACCUCAGCCUCCAACGCCGCCGCCUCGCCUUCCUCCUCGUCUCCCCCUUCCACUUCUCCCUCACCCUCUCCUACCUCCGCUCCCUCACCCUCCCUCAGAAGACUCUCCUCCUCGCCCGCUAUCUCCUCUCCUGUCUCCGCAAGCUACUCCCCUCCCUCUCUGGUCCCUCCCACCCCCUCCGCCUGCGUGACCUCGACGCAGCCCUCCUCCUCCUGGCCAUGUGCGACGCCUACGACCCAACCGUCGCCCGCCUCUCCAACUGGCACUCAGCCGUCUCUGACAACGUUCUUCGCUCCAUGCUGAGCCCCUCGGGGCUCGGAACCGAUGCAUGGGCCGUCGUCCGCCAUUACGUCGACGACGCCGUCAAGUGCCGGCGGUUGACGGAAGCUCUCUCGGAUAUUGGGAGCGGCUGGCAAAAGGUGGACGGCGAAGCCGGCGCGUGGGUGGCGGCAGUGGUCGCGCUGCCGUCGGUGGAGUGUAGGACGGGAGGGUGGGAGUGCGUGAUAUGCAAGGAGGAGAUGGCGGCGGGGAGGGACGUGUGCGAGCUGCCUUGCAGGCAUCGGUUCCACUGGGGGUGCGUCCUGGGGUGGCUGGGGAAGCGGAACACGUGCCCAUGCUGCCGGCACGAGCUGCCGACGGAGGACGUGUUCUGUGAGAUGGGGAGACUGUGGCGAGCUGCGGCUAAGAUGGGCGAUCAGUGGACGACAUGAGAAGGCUACGUUUGUGGCCGGCGUCGCAGUGCGAACCGGUCUUGGUUUGCAGCGUUUGUAUAGUCGUAUUGAUGCUACGGUGACAGUCGUCUGUCAGUCAAUAAAAUCCUACACGUGGAACGAAGAGGGAUCACAAAGAUCUGAUC